AUGAUAAGACUUUCGAGGCACCACUCCAAAAGGGGUGGAAAUAUUGGACUCUUUGGUGGUGCUAGUGUAGGAAAGACGCUAAUUAUGGAACUUAUCAACAAUAUUGCCAAAGCUCAUGGUGGUUUUUCUGUCUUUGCUCGCGUGGGAGAGCGAACUAGGGAGGGAAAUGACUUGUACAGGGAAUUGAUUGAAAGUGGUGUCAUUAAGCUAGGUGAUAAGCAGGCUGAUAGCAAGUGCACCCUUGUGUAUGGCCAAAUGAAUGAGCCUCCUGGUGCUCGUGCUCGUGUUGGGCGUACGGGGCUGACUGUGGCUGAGCAUUUCCGAGAUGCUGAAGGGCAAGAUGUGCUUCUCUUUAUUGAUAACAUUUUCCGCUUCACCCAAGCUAACUCAGAGGUUGCUUUGCUCGGUCGUAUCCCAUCUGCUGUGGGUUACCAACCUCCUUUGGCUACAGAUCUUUGAGGUCUUCAAGAACGCAUUACGACAACCAAGAAAGGUUCCAUCACAUCUGUCCAAGCUAUCUAUGUGCCUGCAGAUGACUUGACAGAUCCUCAUGCUACCACUUUUGCCCAUCUGGAUGCCACAACUGUGUUGUCCCGACAGAUUUCUGAGCUUGGUAUCUAUCCAGCUGUUGACCCCUUGGAUUCUACAUCUCGCAUGCUCUCCCCUCAUAUUUUGGGAGAAGAACACUACAAUACUGCUCGUGGUGUUCAGAAGGCUCUCCAGAACUAUAAGAAUCUUCAAGAUAUUAUUGCCAUUUUGGGAAUGGAUGAGCUUAGUGAAGAUGACAAGCUGACUGUUGCACGUGCUCGUAAAAUUCAACGGUUCUUGAGCCAGCCUUUCCAUGUUGCAGAAGUGUUUACUGGAGUCCCAGGGAAGUACGUAGAAUUAAAAGAAAGCAUCGCCAGUUUCCAGGGAGUCUUGGAUGGGAAAUAUGAUGACCUUUCUGAGCAGUCAUUUUAUAUAGUUGGUAGAAUUGACGAAGUAAUUGCGAAGGCAGAGAAGAUUGCAAAGGAGUCGGCUGCUUAA